CACCAAAUGUUGUGUCAGAAAUUUCCUAAGCUACGGACCGUACUUGGCGUCUUGUAUCUGGCUCUUUUGGUUGUCAUGGCGACGCGCACCUGGCACAGAAACGAAGUCUGGGGAACCAGAGAAACUCUCUUCAGGUCAGUGAUGGUAUUUUCAUGGGUCCGUUGUUACCUUUGAUCUGUCCAGUAUGCAGUUAUUGGAUGGGACUCUUUCCUUUCUGGACGGACACAUCCCCUGCGUGGCAACAAGAAAUAAUUUCAUUAUUUUCAUUCAGCUAACGGUUUAUAAUCAAUAUCCAUUACUAGUAUGGGGCAAGAUUUGAUGUUAUAAAAUUUAAUAUAUGAAAGAAAACCGAAGCCAAUGUGAAGAUUGUUCCCGAGGAAGAGUUUUUCCCGAGGUGUAGCUUGUUUCUCUGAGGUGGAGCUUGUUCCCCUGAGAUGGAGCUUGUUCCUCCGAGGUGUACCUUGUUUCCUCGAGAUGGAGCUCCCCCCCCCCGUGUAGCAUCUUCUUCCUCCGAGGUUUAGCUUAUUCCUCCGAGGUGGAGCUUGUCCUCCGAGACGUAGCUUAUGCCCCUGCGGUAGAGCUUGUUACCCUCUGCUUAAAACAUCGCACCUCCUUUACUUACAAACCUACUAACGUUGCAUCUAUAAUCCCCCACCCCCUCCUUUUUUUUUUCGUCUUCAAAUUUUGAAACUUGCUGAUCCGUAGCAUGGUCAAUAGGAAAUAGACGCCUCAGACACGGGAGAUUAUAGUGUCAGCAAACAGGGGAGGUAGACAGCAAUGUCUGGUUUGCCAGGUGUGGGUUACAUUUAAAGUGUGUGGUUAAAUUACUCCCCUUGAAAUCUGAAGGGGAGGUAGCUCGGGUUCAAAUUGACAAGGGCCUUGGCGAGUCGAACUGUCAACAAUGGUUGAUAAGCUUGCGUCCUCCCCCCCCCCAACCACACGACGCCCACCACAUCGCACGCCCACAUGGCACCCCUACACACUGUAGCCUAACAUACGACAUUUUAACACACUGAGUUCUGACACAUGGCAUCCCAACGAGGGUUACCCAAAGUAAGUAAAUUCAAAGGGAAAGCCCGUAUAACAUUUGAGAUUAAAUGCUUCAUACGUCUUUACGAACUUGGGGAUGUCCCUCGAAAAUGAGACGUUGUACUUAAUGCUUCUGAAGCGAAACAAAGCUGGAAUUUAAAAAAAAAAAAUCCUUUAUUGUAUGAACAUUGAGCAGGAGAACUUCUGUGCACUGAAGAUCAUAGCUACACAUGGGAUUGUGCAUCAUAAUAUUUUGUUUAAAUGAGUUGGCAACCCUGACCCCAAUACACAGUACCCAACGAACAGUACCCAAUGAACAGUACCCAAUGAACAGUACCCAACGAACAGUACCCAACGAACAGUACCCAACGAACAGUACCCAAAGAACAGUACCACACAUUCGACACACCUAACACAUCCACAUGACACAGCCACGUAUGUAUUUAGCUUAAUAUUUUGACAAAACAAGAAAAAUAACCAAAGAUAAGACAUACUACGGCUUUGAAGACUAGUAUUUGACAGCAUGUAGACAGUGUGUCUGGUACUUGACAACAUUUAGACAGUGUGUCUGGUAUUUGAUAACAUUUAGACUGUGUGUCUUGUAUUGGAAAACGUUUAGACAGUGUGUCUGGUUUAUGACCUAGUUUUGAAAGAUGAAACCAUUAAGUCACUUGAACUAUUUGCCUUUAUCGUGAUCAAGAAACCCAUGUAUCCGAAAACCAUUGGUAUGCGUAUCGGAAAUUUUUUUUUUUUUAAUAAGACCAAGUUUUCUCUCACAUUUAUCUGUCUGUUAAAUGUGCAUCUAAAUCUAAUACAUUGCAGUAACAAGAAGCGUCUUGAAAUAAAGAAUUCGAUUUUAAAACAUUGAAGCCAUCAUUUUUAAAAAAAAUUUUGUUGUUCCUAUGCGUGCUACGUUAUUAUUUCUUUAAACAAUAAGUGUCCUCAGAUUUUGAUAAUUUAAUUAUUUUUAAAAUUAAAAAGGCAACAAACAGCAUCGCCAAUCAAAACCUUUGCAUUUGCAGUCUCCACUGUCAUUGGAAGCUUGAUGCCUAGAUUUUAACUUUGUUCAGUAGAAUGACUGGCCUCGAAAGACUUCUUAUUGUAAACAACGUCUGAUGGUAACUGGUUGCAGUGCCUGAUAAUGGUAGGCACCAGUGUUCACUUUAAGCUGCGCGGUCGCGCAGCUAUCUCACAGACGCCGCGCAGCAGUUUUGAGUAUCCGCGCAGCAAAUUUCCACGUAAGUGUGUGUGAGUAUGUGGGCUGUAAAAGUUUGCACACAAAAAAAAAAAUUAAAAAAAAUUGAUGCUGUAAAACGUUGCAGACGACUGUAUGAUUUUGCACACGAACCAGCAAACCUUAGAGGGAACAUUGGUAGGCACCAGAACCGGAUUCGGCCAACAUAGGCUAUGGCCCAAGGCGCUGAAGUCAGGGUUGGGGAGGGGUGUUUAUAAAGAAGAAAUAACAAUCAUUUUUGUUGUUAAAAGUCUGUUUUUUCUGGGUAAGGUCAUAUAAAUAUUAUUUUUUUUUUAAAAAUAACACCCAUAUAUAGUACUAAAUUAACCCAUACAUUGCCAAGGUCUACAGCUUGGGCUGUCGUGCUCAGUCACUGGCAAAGUCAUUUGCUAUUUCUCUCUCACACACGUAAACCACGUGUUAAAGGAAAAUUCCAGAUUUGGCAUUAAAAUAGGGAUUAAAGGUCAUUCAUGACGCUCUUAACACUUGACCUGCACACAUUUACUGAUAGUAGGGACGUAAAACAUUCCGUUACUACUUUUACAUACCGUUUAGUUUACUCAGCGCCAUAAGCAUGAAAGACGUAGGCAGAAAACGUUGGUGUUCGUCAAAUUAUUUAAUCAGAUUUAACCAGAUCUCUUGACUUAAAAUUAAACAGUUUUCUUGGACAAAGGUGUUAAGGAAGAAAAUCUAGUUAGUGUUGAUGAUGACUUGAAGAAAUUUGAUGCAAUGUUAUUCCUGUAAAUGUUGACAUUAUGUGCAGUUUCAUAAGUAUUUUAGUAGUGUAGAUUUGAAUUUAAAAACAUAAUUGCUUCAAAUAUUUGAACUGCUGUAUUAAGUGUUUAUGUGGGUUUUUUUAAAAAGAAGUAUUACGUAUUUACGUAUUAAAUUGAAAAUUGUAAAUCAACGUUUUGAGUGGAAGCGGGGGGGGGGGGCGCAAAAUAGCGAUUGGGCGUAGACUUGUGUCAAUGUGGCCCUGACUUGUGUCAAGUUUUUGAAGAGGCUUUGGUGCAUACGUACGGGCCUCACCAUGUUAAAACUCACCGAUGCUAUUUACAAAAUAUUGUUUUAAAUUUAUCUGUUUUAAACCAAUUAAAAAACACAAUGCUAAACUUGAAUGUCGAGAAGUGUAGUUUCGAGAACGGUAAACAGAAACAUACGAAACUUUGGUGUCAUGGAAUAACGGUUUGUUUCACAGCAUAAGAAGAUAUUCGUGAUUAGAUUUGUUUUUGUUAAGUUUAAAAUGUUUGUUAAGUGAUCAGUUAAUAUUUAUACUAUAGUUACGCGAGAGAACCCGCCUUUAAAAUAACAAGACAACUGGGUCCACUCAAUGGCGAAGCAAGGGUUAGUAGUGCCCUAGGAGGGCCAAACAUUUUGCCCCCCCCCCCCCCCCACCCUGCUAUGAAAAUACUGCAAUGUCCCGAAAAUGCAAUCCCUCAAUAUAUAGGGGGAAAAGGCCCGCCUGGGGCGGACCGCCAUUACACUCCCCUUCCUACGCCAGUGGGUCUCACCAUGACAAGAGUAGAGAGCCCUCAGUGGGUGUCAGCAUGAGACGAGUUGAGAGCCCCCACUUGGUUUACAACAAGACGAGAGUUGAGAACCCCCAUUUGGUCUACAACUCUCAACGAGAGUUGAGCUUGGUCUACAACAUGACGAGAGUUGAGAACCCCCCAGAUUCAAGUAUGUUCCCAGGCCUGGAUUUUUCUUUGAAUGACCCGGGGAUUCACAAGAUAUUUUGGAAGUAAUUGCUCCAGAAACCAGACGCAUAUCAUAGCGCUUGAAAUUACUUGAAUGAGAAACAAGUUCAACAAUAAGAAGCCCCCGCUCAACCCACAUAGUUCACAACCAGACCGUGGCCACCAGAUCAAGAAAGUCAAGGUAUUGGGUCACUUUACCAGUUGCACCUACUCAUGUAAUCACCUGAGUUACAUAGAGAAAACAACUGCCCAGUCUUCUUGUGUCCAGACAGCACGAUUGAAAUGCUUUAAUAAAGCACACAAAAAACUAAGUAAACUCAGCUGUGAAUGCCAGACUUGAGGCACAGUGCAGUUCGUUGUUUCAACUAUUUCGUGAUGUUUUUAAAUUUGUUUUGUUUUUUUGUUUGUUUGUUAAUCUUAAGAAAAAAAUCUAAAUAUUUUUUUCCUGCUUACAUAACAAACAUUUAAAAACAAAAUCGCUUUCAUAUUCCACGAUCCUUUAUUGGAUAAUGCAGCAGCAAAAACUUAGUUUUUAAAAUAAAAUAAGACAUGACAUCCUACAAAACUCCAUAUGACGUCACAGUUCUUACCGAACCUCACUGUAACACAACAAAACGCCAAUGAACCCGUACUGGCAACUCGGUGACAGAUCCCCCCCCCCCACACACACACAUAAUAUAGAAAACCUUAAACAAAAAUAUUUUAAUAUAAAAGAAAAAAGCUUCUUUAGAUUAUGAUGUCAAUAAAGGGCCACACGCAUCACCUUGAAAGAAACUAUUUGGAACAUGAGAGGUCACAUAACUUGAACUCCAAAACAAAAAAACAAACUUGGGAAAUAUCCCGGAUUAAAGACUACUACCUUUGAGCAAGCUUUGUGAAGCACAAAAUAGGACUAAGCUGAGUUGUAUUAGCUCUAGGGGACAUUUGCACAGUCACGUCCCCGUGCUUCUGGUCAACGCCGGCACACGGCGCCGUGGCCAUAGGGGCUCCUGGGCCCCAAGUAACUAUUUAAAUUUCCCUUAGUUUAUUAUAGUGAAGUGUGAAGUGCCGUAGAAAAACUAAACAGUCUAAAUUAAGGUGCAUGUUAAAAUGCGUAUGGUUAGCUACAUGUAUAGCAUCGUAGCACGUGCUCCAUAGUCUACGUCGUAAUCGGGAAAAGAGUGGAGCCAUACAAGGACAGGGAGUGGGGGGGGGGGCGCCGAACGGGUGCUUCGCACAGGGCGAAAGUUUACUAAAGGCUGGGGUUGUUCAGGGGACAAAUCAUAUCACUUCACUUUUUGUGUAAUUUCCCUCUGUUGAUAAGAUCCACCCCAUUUACUCUAAAUUUUUAUUCUCUCGCCCCCACCCCCUUUAUAAACGUUAAGUAAAGUCUACAACUUAAUAUGAUUUCCUUUCUUAUAAACAUUUUAUUUUUUAUUGGGACUUAUUCAACCACCAAUCUUACAUACCACCACCCUACAUCCCCACCACCCUUACAUACCAACCACCCUUACAUACCACCACCCUUACACACCACCAAUCUUACAUACCACCACCCUACAUCCCCACCACCCUUACAUACCAACCACCCUUACAUACCACCACCCUUACACACCACCAAUCUUACAUACCACCAUCCUUACAUACCACCACCCUUACAUACCACCACCCUUACAUACCACCACCCUUACAUCCAUCAAUCUUACAUACGACCACCCUUACAUCCACCAAUCUUACAUACCAACACCCUUACAUACCAACACCCUUACAUACCACAACCCUUACAUACCACCACCCUUACAUCUCCACCAUGCUUACAUCCCCACCACCUUUACACCCCUACCACCCUUACAUACCACCACCCUUACAUACCACCACCCUUACAUCCAUCAAUCUUACAUACGACCACCCUUCCAUCCACCAAUCUUACAUACCAACACCCUUACAUACCACCACCCUUACAUACCACAACCCUUACAUACCACCACCCUUACAUCUCCACCAUGCUUACAUCCCCACCACCUUUACACCCCUACCACCCUUACAUACCACCACCCUUACAUACCACCACCCUUACAUACCACCACCCUUAGAUCCCCACCAUGCUUACACCCCUACCACCCUUACAUACCACCACCCUUACAUCCCCACCAUGCUUACACCCCCACCACCUUUACACCCCCACCACCUUUACACCUCCACCACCCUUACACCCCACCACCCUUACAUACCACCACCCUUACAUACCACCACCCUUACACCCCCACCGCCCUUACAACCACACAAGGCAACCGAGGACACGUUAGUUUAGUCUCAGGGGUAGUCUGAAAUCAGACACUGAUGUAUCACCCCAAACGCUACCUCUCCUCGCCCACCCCCAAACCCUAGGCGACCUCAGCUUAAAGUUAACUCGGUCAUUCGAAUGCUUUGAAUUCGGCCCACAAAAAUGGAAGGUACGCUUUAUAUUUGCAUGUGUAUACACCUCCUCCAGUCUCGUAUCAAUUUUAAAAAAAAAAUAUCCAUUCAAAACUUGCGUCAUUUGUCAAAGGCGACACAACGCUUGUAUAUGUGGGCGUAUGUGGACAAGUGUAAACCUUUUGUCAGUAGGUGCCAAUAUGCACCAGGCAUACACAGGCUACUUGGGGAAAUGUUGAAAGUGUUUCACUGGAAAAAAAAAAGAGGGACAUGUUUGGUUAUAUUUUUUAGCAUUAACGAUAUCAAGCUAACCUAAUUAUAUUAAAACCUCAAAUAGGACCUACUUAUAUUAUGCUAACCUCAAGUAGGACCUAAUUGUAUCAAGCUAACCUCAAGUAGGACCUAAUUGUCCUAAUUAUAUUAGCCGAACUUCCCUCUCCUACGAAUGUCCUCUGACGCUAUCGGCCACAUCGAUCCCCGUAUCAGAUAUUAAAGGUCAAACCAUUUUACUCAAAUGACAGUAGACUAAUAUAACAUAAGUAAAUGUCACAUUGUCUCUUUCUUAACUUUUAAAGGCGCCAAUUCCUUAAUGGUUAAAUUACCAAAACUUUAACCCAAUCUAAGAUCCCCACCGCUGCACUUUUUAAGUAAAAAUUCAAUUGCCAGGGACGCAAACACGAGCGAAAUUUUAAGAAUGUAAACUAAUUCAAAUUUAAAAAAACAUAAAAAAACACGAAAUAAAGUUAUAGAUGUCUAAUUCUACUAGACACCCAGAGUUGAGUUCUAUCACACCGUUUGUUUUUUGUCUGGUGCAAACCAAAGUCUUUGUGAUUUCUCUGAACAGGUCUGGAGUCAAGGAGCUCCCACAAAACGCUAAAGCCCAUUACAACAUGGCCAACCUGCUGAAAGACAGGGGAGACUUGGAAAGGGCGGAGCAUCACUACAGACUGGCCAUUAGGUAGGGGAAUCUUUUACUUUGACUCUUAGUAACCGGUACUUCAUACAGUUUUACUUCACUUCUGGCUGGACAUAUUUAAUUUUUUUUCCCUUCAAAAUAAAGCCAAAAAAUAAACAACAAAAUAAUGCUACUCCUUGUACGUAGCUACACUGAUUGUACCCUGCCCCAUCACUCAAUUUGAUAUGCCAGGGCGGCGCACAUAGUAUCACCGCCCUGGAGGGGCUGGUGACCCGUUGCACAGCUUCCAAAAAGAGUUGGGGGUGGGUACUUAACCGAACUCCCUGUCUCUCCCCCCUUGCAAUCUGGAGGACUAUGUAUGGAUAUUAAGACCGCCGAUUACAUAUUCACAAUGUUUAAUUUUUUCCACAGACUGUAUCCACGCCACCCAAGUUACCACCUCAACCUAGGAACUAUUUUAACGAACCUGACUGAAGCCAGGCAUUGUUACCUGGAGGCCUUAAGACUUUUUCCAAAUCAUAAGGGAGCCCUGGUCAAUUUGGGAAGCCUUAUGAUGUGAGGACAUUUUUUUUUAUUAGAGAUUAAGACCAGAUUAAAAAAAAAAAAAAAAACAAAUAAAUAGGCCUUAAGACUUUUUCCAAAUCAUAAGGGAGCCCUGGUCAAUUUGGGAAGCCUUAUGAUGUGAGGACAUUUUUUUUUAUUAGAGAUUAAGACCAGAUUAAAAAAAAAAAAAAGCCAAAUAAAUCAGUUUAAAGGAUUACUUUGUAUAAGAUGUUUAUAUUUAUAUUCUUUAUUAAUAUCAUCAGUGUGUUGUUUCUUGUUAUUAAUUGCUUCCUCUGUUUUAUCAAAACUUAAAAAAAACAACUAAUUCUCAUAUCAUGACUCAAAAAUUGAUUGAUAUAUAAUUAUACUAUUUGCUACAUGAAAUAUUUUGAUAAAGUAAUCAUUUGAAAGUUAUAUUGCUUACUGUUGUACAUUCUCCAUGUCAAAAUCCAAUAAUCUCCCCAGUAAGAGCUUAUGAGACAUUCAUUUUGAUGGAAGCAUUUUGUGACCUUUUUUCUUUUACUACUUUCAGUGAUGAGGGGAAUGAAACUGGAAUUAACUUUAUCCAGCGUGCCCUUGAACUUGAUUCCAAUUAUUUUGAAGGUUUACUGAUUAUGGGGAAAGCAAAACUGGCAGUUGAUGAUAACAAAUCAGCUGGACACUAUAUUAAAAAGGCCUUAAGUCUCAGACCUAACAACUUAAAUGUACGGCUGUAUCAUGGUGUUUAUCUACAACAAACUGGUUUGUACUUGUUCUUUAAUCUUACACUAAUGUACAUCGUACACAAAACUUAUCUUUUUCUUUGUGCCACUAAAACACUUGGGUACUGCUACAUAAAGUUUUUGUGCGUUCUCUUUAACAGAUCAUUCAGGUAGCUCACAGUUACAGUACUAUUAUUUUUUGCAGAAAUUUCCCCACAUUCAAAGCAACAUCUAGUCUUUAACAAAUAAUCAUAACCAGAAUUAACCAAGCAGAUUUUAAUGAUUAAAGAUGAGACAAUCAGCUUAAGUACCGGUUUAGUAAAAACAUGAUUCUUUCGACCAAUUGUUAUAGAUUUUAGAUGAUCAUUAAAGUACCAUAUUUAUAAUAAAAUAUGUUUUUAUUUUAAAAAAUAACCACACUUUAACUAAAAUGAUUUGAUUCUCAAAAUAAAUAUUUUGUGACUUGGUAUGACUCACUUGUCUUUGAUAUGACUCUAAUUGCUGUCAUCGUGAUGCUUCUUUCAUUUUUGAGCAUAAGAUAAGAAAAUAUUAUGCACUAAAUCACUAAAUGCAUUUGCUGUAUUUUUAGGAAUCACAUUUAGUGGGAAUGUUAUAUUAUUAAGUGAAAGUGAAAGCGUUAGAGACAUUAGUUGAUUGUUAAACAGCUCCAUAGAGAAUUAUGUAUUUGUUUAAAUUAUUUCCAACAUAAGAUUUUAAAAAAAUGUUUCUUGAACAUAAAAUAACUUUACAUAAAAAACUUACAAAGUCCACUAAAUGCACUCAUUACAAUAGCCAAUGUUGAUUUUGUCAAAAUACAAUCUAAUUUUUAUAUUUUAUUAAUUCCGGUACCUGUAUAUUUUCAUUUCAGAACAAUUUGAACCAGCGCUCCAAGAAUAUCAAUACGUUCUUUCAAAAAGAAAAGAUGAUAUAAUCGCAAUGAAAAAUGCAGCCAAGAUUCAAGUAUUGUUAGAAAAGCUCCCAGAAGCUAUGACCCUACUGAAAGCGUAAGUUACUCUACUCGUAAAAUCAUACAUACUGGCAUUAAAGAUGAGAUUUCUGUAAUAAGGAUUUGCAUAGUCACCCAUGGGAACAUUAUUUUCACAAGAAUUUCUGAUAUGAAACAUUGUAAAUUUAAAUCAACGUCAUCAGUAUUGGAUUUUAAUCCACCAACAUAGAUAUUUAGUUGAAAUGAUGUAAGAUGAAAAGAAAUAUUUUUUUUUAACUAUCCAAUGACAUUAACAGUUUUACUUGGUUAAAAAUACCGGUAAGUGGAAAUAUUUAUUUCAAGCAUUUGCUUAUUUUGUUCAAGGAUUUACAAAGUCUUAUUUUAUUAAUAAAGGUUUUAUCGAAUGGUCACACUAAAAUUUAAGAUUGUAUAAAAUUUACAUGAAACAAAAUAUUUGUCAAAAUAGUAGCCUACAUAAUAGUUGUUAAAAUCUUUAAUUAUCUGUACAUUUCAUGACUCAUCUUAUUCCCCCAACAAAUUAUGAAUCAUCUUAUGCCCCCCCCCCCCUGUCUAUUUUUAAACAAACAUUUAUCUUUUAGGAUUCCCCCAACAUAUUAUGAAUCAUCUUAUGCCCCCCCCCCCCCUGUCUAUUUUUAAACAAACAUUUAUCUUUUAGGAUAACACAGAUUGAAAACAACUGUGUUGAAAGUCUUAGCUUGUUGGCACAUGUCUACAAGAAAAUGGGCCACAGGCAUGAUGCAGUUAUUUCCCUUGCCAAAGCUUCAAAUCUUGCUCCCAAUAACACCAAUAUCCAGCUAAAAUAUGUAAGUCCUCCUGAUUGUAAUUUAGAAUUCCAUAAACAUUUAUUUUUCAGUGUAUUAUUAAUUAACUUACUUGUCAUUAUUAAAAAUAUAAGUUGUUGCACUUUAUUGUCAGGAUACAAUUUCGAUGCAUGAAAUGAAUGGAUUAGUAAUAAAAUGAAGCAAUUCAGGCUCAUACCAGCAAGAAGCCAGUAUAGGAGCUGCUCAUUCCUGCCCAAGACAAUCAGGGACUGGAACACUCUUUCAAAAGGAAUGGUUGAGGCGACAACACUAGACACAUUUGUGUCUAUUUCCUCAAGCCUUCAAACCCCUAGUGCAUGAUUUCCUCAUCAACACCAGUAACAGAAACAUUGCAAAUCCCAUCUACAUGCAUAGGAGCCAAAAUGAUCAAUAAAUUGAUCGUGGGCCCUUAAGAUAUAGAAGAAGAGAAGAGAAGAUAUAAACUUAUUUUUUAAAGUUUUACUUCUAAUUUAUCUUAAGGACCAUGAUAACAUUUUAAAAUUAGAAAUUAAACUAAUGAAAAUGUUUUUAGUUUCAAUGAAAUUUAGGUAUCACACUUCAUAUUAUUAUCCCAUUAACACAUUAUUCUAAUAAAGGUCUAUAUAUUUAUAACUAUUUUUGUGGAAUCUGCUCUGUUUAUGUUCAUUAUCUUCAAGAUGGUAAGGCUGAUUUUUAAAAUAAGAAGUUAUUUUCACUCUGCAAAUUAUAGCAAAAUACUUUCUUUUCCUUGUGUCUAAUAAAAUACAUUUUUGUAUAAAACAUCUGAUUUAUAAAUCAAAAUUUCUGUGAAGAUCACUUCUGUUUAUCGGUAAUUUAUAUAAAAAUCUUAAAUAAUUAACUUUACAUUUCCAACAUUGAUUUCUGGUGUAAAGGUCAGGGCUUUAAAAGACAACAACCAGACUAGUCUGGCCAGAACUUAUCUACAUCAGCUGACUGAGAAAGUUCCUAAUGAUCUUCAUUUGCUGUGGUUUGCUUUUAACUUUUCCAUGGAAGACAAAAGGAUUGAAGAUGUAAUCAAAAUCAUUUUUACAUUUUCUUUAAUAAAUGAUGAAGUUUUAUACAUUAUUUAGUAAAAGUAAGUUCUUUUAAUGAUCUUAGCCACAAAUAAUGAACAGUUUUAUGACACCUAAGAUUUAUAAUUUUAAUUAUUUCUAUUGUGGAUUUUGUCACCGCACUAGGCAGCACAGUUUGUCACUGAUGCAAUCAGCAUUGCUGAGAAAAGAAAAGAUGAAUCCCUUAAACAUCUUUACCUUGGACAAGCUGAAAUUUACCAAAAUAACAAAGAUUAUGACAGAGCUUUACAGGUAACAAUGUUUACUUAUUAAAUUAAAUGAUUCUCUAUUAGUUUUAACUAUUUAUCAAUUAAUUAACAUUGUAAGAUUUUAAGAAAUAAAAGACAAUUGUUCACAAUAAAUUCCUAAAUUUACAAGUGAGAGCAACACAAAAAACAUGAUUGAUUUUUUUCGUCAUCAGUUCUACCUCAAGGCCAUAGAUCAUGAUUACAAUUUUGUAGAUGCUUUGGUCAAUGCUGGGUCAAUUUACUUCAUCAAGGUAAAAUUUGAACAAUAUUUAUCAAUUACUAUCCCCAUGAAAUAUUGACGAAAUCAUCUUUAUUGUCAGGAUACAAUUACGAUGCAUGAAAUGAAUGGAUUAGUAAUAAAAUGAAGCAAAAAAGAAACAUUUAGAAAUAGAAAUAUAUUUAACUGCUUCAGAGAUAAUGAACCUUUCUUUAUGUUAAUUGUUAUAUAAUUCAUUUUUAAUUGCACCAGGUAGUAAUUCCUUAUUUGUACCUGGUACUGUAUUUUACGGACUAUACGACACACCUUAAUUUUUAAUCAAUUUUUUAAAAAAUAAAAUUUUUACCAUUUUUAUUAUUAUAUUGCAAAGCCAGACUAAAAAAAAAUUCUUAGUUUAUAAAACCGAAGUUGCCUUUAAAAUCCCUGAAAGUCUUCAUCUGAACUUUUUUCUUCUUCUUCCUCUCCGUCAUCAUCGUUGUCCUCUUCAUAUACAUGUAUAAGAUGGUCUUCACUGCCAUUGAGAGCGCUACUUAUGCCGCACUUCUUGAAAUAUUUAACAAUAAUGUCUUCUCUCUCUCUAGACGACUCUUAUCCACUGACGCACUUGUUUUAUUGUAGGUCGUUUUAAAGCUCCCAUCGGUGUGAAUUCAUGUUGGGUUUCAUCCAUCAUCCAUUUGUUCCAUUCCUCUCUCAUAUACACUUUAAAUGGUUGAUUUAUCGAGACAUCAAGAGGUUACCAUUGUGCAGUAAGUCCUCAAGGAAUAACAGUAAGCUCUGUAUUUCCCUGUCUCAAUUUCUCUUUCACAGAAUUUUUCAAAUGACUACUAAACUGAUGUAGCACAAGAAGAGAACUCUUCUUUAGUAAAGCACCUUUCCUUCUCUCCCAUACUCUGUUACCGGUAAUUCAUAAUUUCAUACCAGCCUCGUGCAUCCAAUCCUGCAUGAACAACAACACCUGGCGGUACCAGUAUUUCAGAAGGUUUUGGUAUUGUUUUGCUCUUGAUCAUUGGAUAAAGUCAGCACAACACGAAAGGACAACCGUGUAGUGCAUUUUUUCAAGUCCACUUGUAUUUAAAGUUACAGUUUUAGCAUCUUUCAUGACAACAGUUCUGUUACUCGGCACAUCAAAUGUCAGAAGAGUUUCGUCCAUAUUCGCUAUUUGGCUUAGUUCCACACUGGUUUUCUUUCGAUGUUGAAUAAUAAAGCGAUGGAAAGAUAAUAUUUUCUUUUCAUACUCUUUUGGCAUUUUCUGAGAUGUUUUGGUUCCCAUGCUAAGUCCAUGAUGCUUCAUAAACCUGUAGCACCAACCAACUCCACCCUUAAAGUCUGUUAAGUUCCACUGUAGCGCUAGCUUACAAGCGUGUACUUAAUCAUUUUGGUAUUAAUUCCAAUGACAUUUUGACGGUGUCCUUGAAUCCCUUUCAAUAUGUCAACUUCUAGUUUUGGCCAUUUUGCAUUCAUUCCUCAAUUUGCACAUUUAGUCUUCCUCAUUUUUUUCAGUUCUUAUUUACUAGCCCGCCAAUUGCGAACGUUUUUUUCUGUUGGUGGAGGGCCGAAAUGCCACACAGCUGCUCUGUUUCCAUGUUCUGCAUAUGCUAUUACUUUCAAUUUAUAGCCCUCAUCAUAUGAAUACCGAUACCUUUUAUUAUUUUUCCAUUACGAAACUAGCUAACAAAAAUAUUGUAGUUACCGAUAACACAAAUCACUUUCAAUUCAAGUUCACUGGCACCAUAGACUGCAAUGACGCAUCAUAGGCUAGAUUAAUGUUCUGGGUUUGUGAUGGCGAGCUGGGAGGGAGACAGUGUUCUGGGUUUGUGAUGGCGAGGCAGGAGGGAGACAGUGUUAGCAAGCUUGUGAAUCUCCUCAACUUAUGUUCGUCGCUCCAGUGCACUGCUGCUGCCAGUUGAAUCCAAUGUUGCCAGAUAUAUAUCAAAUAUAUGGCCAUUUUUAAGACUGGCAGGAAUUUUAAAUUAAACACUGGACAUUUUUAUAUUAAUUUGGAGUAUAUUACGCACCUGAAUUUUGGAGGCAAAUUUUUUGAAGAAAAAAGUGUGUCUUAUAGUCCGUAAAAUACGGUACUAUUUCCUUGAUUUUACCAUUUAUUGUAACUCUUUUGUUUUGAUUUUUGUGCAGAAAAACCAUGGCCAAGCAGAAGAAUACUAUUUGAGAGCUUUGAAGAUCAACCCAAACAAUUAUGUAGCAAAUGAAAAUCUGAAAAUCCUUAGGGGAAGUAAAAACGCACAAAACAUUACCGCUGCCCAAUCUGCCAUGAACUAAUAAUAACAUAUUUUCCUGAAGCUAUAAGUUCAUUUGUUAGCUGUAAAAUAUGUAAAUUAUCAUUAAGUUAUAUUAGUGAUACACUUUAAAUUUUAAAAAAUAUAAAUAAAAAAAAGUAUCUGAACUCAAAAAACAAAAGCUAAGUGUCAAAGAAAAAGAUGACAGUUUUUUUUCCAUAAGCUUUUAUCUGUUUUUAAUACUUUAAAAGUAUUAUACAAAUUACAAAUACACAAAUCCAAUGAAGAAUUUUAGAGCUGUUUUUAGAAAUGUAACAUUUGAAGAAAGUUCUUCUAAAAUUAUAGAAAAUGUCAGGAAUGCUCAAUUGUGGAACCAUGUCUUUUUCAAAUAUAUAGAUCAAAAAAGAAAUGCAAUCGUACUACUCAUACUAAGGAAUUGAAAUCUUUGGCAUCUUAAAAAAUUAGAUAGGUUAUUCUGCUUUCUUAAAAAUGACAUCAAAUGAAUUUGCAAAUUGUGUACUGAAGAAUUAAACAUUUAAUCAAAUUAGUGGUUAACGCUUUUUAUUUCCAUGCACCCUGUAAAGUUUUGUUUUAAAUUAUAAGUGCAAUAUAUUGAAUAUAAACUGUAUCUCUAUCAGAUGGACUAUAACGUUUUUUUAAACCCUUCUGUGUGUUAAUGGGAGGCUGUCAAUGUUUAUUUAAAAUUUUGGAUUUAAUGAUUGUCAGCUGGUAAGAAAUAGAUUUAGAAGAGUAUGAUCAAACUUGAAAAAAAUUGUAUUUUUUAACUGAAUUUUAAGUAAAUAAAUUACAACACAGAUGAACAUAUUAAUUAAAAUAAAUUUUUGCUCAAUCAUAUGCAAAUUAUGGAUAAUAUAGCAGAGACUGUUCACAUUCAAGCAGUAUGAAAAAUAUAUUGAGAACUGUUUGACAGGCCCAGUGGAAAUGUAAAGACAAAAAGAGCAUCUCAUAAUAGUGUAAUUCAAACAAUACAUUUUGUUUGAACGGUAUUCUUUAUCUUGUUUUAUUUGCGAGGACUACCCCAAAUUUUUAAAGAAAUUAUUUGAAGGUCAUUAUUUUGGAUUUUACAUUUUUAGACAUCAGUCGCUGAUGUUGAGCAAUGAGUCAUACUUUUAUUAAUAAUAAAGUCUAUUAUGAUUGUAAAAUUACUAUAUCUGACUGUUUCUAAACAUUCUCACCUUUUAAGAUUACUCCAAUUUGAGAACCAGGUUCUUUACUAAAAAAGCAAAACUCAAAUUUUUUUAAACUAUGAUUAAUUAUAAUCUAAUUAAACAACCCCUAAAACAAAGUUUUGUUUAUAAUAAAAUGUAAUAGCGAGAAAUGUUGGGUGGGGCUGAAAAUUUGACAUAACAUGCAAACAAAGUGACACUUUAUAAGAAUCCCAAUUAGUGCUCCCCUGCACAUUUUUUCCCCAUCCUUGCUUUAAAGACCCAGCCGCUUUUACACUGCAGAUUGAUUUCAUGAACAAUUUUAGAAAAAACAAAAGAAAAUAUUAUGCACCAAACGCACUUAUUAUAUUUUUUAAAAGAAUCUCAUUUAGCGCAGUUAUCAGGAAUUUUAUUUUAUCUUCCCCUGGAAAAACAGAUUUUUGGGGU